GUUGUUUUCCCCCAGGAGAGGACAGGAGUAAAGAUGAUCAUGAUUCAGGACGACCCGAUGCCCACUGGAUCAGACAAGCCCUUGAGAAUCACUGGAGACCCUUAUAAAGUUCAGCAAGCGCGGGAGCUGGUGCUGGAGAUCAUCAGGGAAAAGGAUCAGGGAGAUUUCCGGAGCGGCCGCAGCGACUUCGGCUCCAGACUGGGCAGCAGCAUCGACGUGGCAGUGCCCAGAUUCGCCGUGGGAAUCGUUAUUGGCAGAAACGGGGAUAUGAUCAAGAAGAUCCAGAACGAUGCAGGAGUCAGGAUCCAGUUUAAGCCAG